UACACGCCUUCAUUAUAUCCAAAAUAUUCAAAAGCGGUCAUGCAUAUCGUUAAAGGGCUGACGCGGAAAACGUGGAUGGGAAGAAAACGAUCCAUCAGCUGGGAGCCAACACCGUUUCGAACUUUGGCAGUACCCCGUUGUAUAACUACCGUAUUCAAUGAGUUCUUCACUUGUCAGAUACCAAAGCAGCUUUUUCAUAGCACUCUGAUAAAAAUCGACUUUUGUGACGUCUCCAGGGAUGACCAUGAGGUUACGAUAGCCGAAUGUGAGUACUGGCUUGAUACAAAUCCUAUAGAGCGAUUUCGCGAAUUCGAAAUACCGAUGACCAUUUCUACUCCUGAUCUGGGAGAGCUAGAGUUUUCGCUAACUUACCUCCCAACAGCUCAACGUCUUCUGAUUACGAAUUGCACAGCUACUAAUCUUCGAAUCGACCCUGAUGCUGAAGCAAUUUUAUUCGUGAAUGGUCGUUUUGAAGAAAUUCACAAAUCUGAGCAUCGUCUACCCCGCGACGAGACACCGACUGGGUGGAACUUCGCAAAAAAACUCGUGUUUGAUCUGAUGCGAAAUCACAUCCGUGCAGCGGUGGUGGUCUGCCAAGUUGUUCAACGGAUUGAUGGAAUUGACCCACUAUCACACACACAUGGCCAGGGGACCGAAUCUUUGACCGAUAUCCACCCAGGCCAACGAAGCCUUCCAUCCCUUUGA